GAUCGCUCCCACCGCUACACAAAGUUUGCUGCCUCGAAUGAUCACACUUUUCCACUCUCCCGCCUCACUGUGUAACCAAACAAACACAUUCUCGUACUCCCUUAAACCCUGCAGAUGACACUAUCCUUCACCGGUUUCUCGCCAUAUAGAUCGUUCUUCAAUUGCUCCUUUCCAGUUCAUCCUGGUGAUAAAGACUACAAAUGGAUUCUUUAACGGCAAAUAUACCGGAGCGCCUAGGCCGAUCCCGUGAACCGCUUCCAAACUUGCGAGGUGAAGACGAGACUGAGAUCAGAUAUCUUGUUGACCUGAUCGAGACGCAAUCAUGGAUUCUGUCACCUCUCAAGCCACCCUCCUGCAUCCUAGGACGUCAUCCACCACCUAAAGACCCCAAUUCCUCUAAACAAAAGAUCAUUGACCCUUCUCUUGCGUUUUGUGCUUCGCUCUACAGCAUCGGUCAAGGUGGGGUCAGGAGCUUGGAAGUGGGUCCUGAAGUGGGAAGGAGCAGAAAAGAAGCACUAGAACGGCUAUUGGAAGUCGUGGAGAUGGAGAUUGGACGCAUGAUGUUGAAUGAUGAUUAUCAUGCACGCAAGGUGGCUAAGGACAGUAACAGUUCCAUUGGAAGUAGCGGUGUUAGCAGGACUGACAGGGGGUAAAUGUUCUUUGGAGAAAGAAGGACCUAGUUCAAUAUCCUCGUAAUGGUCCUGGUGGGAAGAAACUAAAUCGCUCUUCUAUUGCUCUUGUAUUCUGUG